AUGGCUCCGGCUGUGCGAUAUCUCCAGGACCGGAGCUGUCCGGUCUUCGCGACGCAAGCCCUGCCGGACAUUGCGAAAGACUGCCAAUGUCACGACAGCGUGCCCUACUGCUUCGAGGACGGCCGGCAGAUGUGCCAUCGCUCUGAUGGCAGAUUGGACCUGCACUACUUCGCUGUGGACUGCGAAUCCUGCAUUUGUGAAGAGUCCCAAGAUGCCGGAAGCAGGAGCACAUCUUUUGCAGGUCCUUCGGAGACCACCUGUUCGACCGCAGAUGGUGCGCAAGACGUGGUGCUUGCACCUGACGCCUCAGGCAUUUGCUUUUGCCCGGACGAGAGACCUCUGUGUGUGCUCCUACCGGGUGAAGAUCUUGGCUGUCUUGCAGGCCAUGUGCAACCAGAGUCUGCCUCAGCUGCAGCGUUUGGGGCAGGAUGUGCGCCUGACAGCUGUUCGUGCCGUGCAUCAUGUCCAUCUUUUGCCAGCCGUGGCUAUGCCGACAGUGUUGGAGACUGCCAUUGUCCUCCCGAUUCGCCUUUGUGUUAUGAAGAUGGGACGGCCGGCUGCCAAUCUUCGACGGGCAUGACCUCAUGGACGUACUUCUCAAGCAAUUGUGGUGCUCGAUGCGAGUGCGUGGAGCAGCUAGACGGCCAGUGCGACCCCAGGAGUUGCUUGGAGACGGCGGACUGCAUUUUCUCGACUUGCAGAGACUGCGAUGUCUGCAAGGGGAUCACCAGGUGUCCGACAGCUCCUGGCGACGACAGCAUCACUUUGCCGGAUUGGAGCGGCAACUGCAGAUGCAAAGACCAGCAGGUGUGCUAUGAAGGUGGCAGCAUUACACCUGGAUGUCCCGUGGCACCAGCUGGGCGCUCGCAAUUUUCUUUUCAGAUCAGCUGCAUCGAUUGCAUCUGUGACAAGCUGACAUCAUCACCCGGUUCCGGCAACGUCAAAUGCCCAAGGUUUGCGCGCGAGAGCCUCCCUGGCUGGUCUGGCGACUGUGUGUGUCCGGAUGACAUGCCGGAUUGUUACCAGAAUGGCAUCCGGUGGUGCUCCAGGACGGACGGCCAGCGCGAUCUGCACUAUUUCGACCCGGGCUGCCUGGACUGCGAAUGCCGGGCAGCCCUGAGUUUGAACUCCACUGAAGAGGUGAAGCCCUGCCCAGACUUUUCGAAGUUCAGCUCCUCCAACGCGUUCCAAAAUUGCAUUUGCCCGCACAGCCGUCCGAUCUGCGUGCAGUCGGACGGCACGGUGGCUGAAGGACGAUCUGGACCAUAUUGUCAGACUGCACAGGGCUGGGAUUCCUCGACGGAGUUUCGGCAUGACUGUGCCACGUGCUCCUGCAUGGAAAGCGAUGGAGAAGGCUCUAACCUGCGGGAUUUCACAGCAGAGGAGCAACUAAGUGCAGAUGGGGUCACAUACAUUCGCCUGGAUCUUGUUCUGGAUCUCCGCCUGGUGAAUUCCUUCAACUCGUUGAGCCAAUGGGACUUGGUGGUUGACGGAGUUUUGCUGACGGAUGCGGGCAGGCAAGCUCUUGCCGUUUCUGCAGCUUAUGGCCUGUCGCGGCCAGCGGCACCAGCCAUAGGUUAUUGCCGGGGGGUGGCUGAUGUCCAGGGCAGGACGGUUGACGGCGGAGACUUUGAAGAUGUGCGUGUGGAGCGCCUGUAUGCCGAACUUGGUGUCAUGUGGGCGCAUGCUCUCGAGAUCAACAGUGCCAAUGGCACAGGCCGGCUUCUUGAAACGGAUGGACGCCGGCCAGCCUUCCGCAUCUUACAAAGCCUUCGAGCCAAGUCGCUGGAUGAGCUGACAAUCCACGAGCGCGAGCUGCUGUUGAGUCUGGACACUUCUUUCCGUCCUGGGCGCUUCAAGCAGCAGCUGGAUUUCGAACUUCAGCGGCUGCUCAACGAGACGGCGAGCUGGCACCCAACUCCAGGUGGCAUCCAGGCACCACGCAUAUCUGUGAGCAGAGCCACACCAUCCUCGGAUUUGUCAGCGAUCCCGCCACUUUCACUUGUGGGGCCCCUGGCUCCAGCUGCUCCAAACCGACGGGAUCUGAGGGUGCCUGUUGCAACCGUGCAGACAACAGCGAUGCCCGAAACGGAGGAGGAAGCAAAUGCAUCCGGUGAGUUUGACUUGCUCUCACUCCUUCCGAUGGGCAUCGCAAUUGUCUCUUCACUGGUUGGCCUUGUCUCCUUGUACUGCUUGGUGAAGUGGAUACGCCGCUGCCUGCGCCGGCGACGUGAAAGACGUGCCGAGAAGGAUGCAGAUGGUGGCUCUGGCUCGCCAAGAUCGCCGAAGGGUUCGCCACGUUCACCGCGGUCACCAAAGAACCCCAGCUCUCCAAGACACGCACCUUCUCAAGAUGCCAUGACGGCAACCUCCAGCGUGAACACCGUAAAGGUGAAGCGCGCAGGCACGGCCUCGACGGAUUUGCGCAAGGGCAUGUCAUCAGUUUUUGACAAGCCAAAGCGUGAGGAUGCGGGGAUGUCCCUGGCUGAUCGGCAAAGAACGGGUCAAAAAACCGUGAGUGCAGCUGCAAAAACGGUCGUGGGUGCAGCUCUGGAGACUGAUGGCGACGAUGGCAGCCCAAGGCAGAAGAAGGGCUUCAUGGGGCGCUUUCGAAGAGGUAAAGACAAGGGAGGAAGUCCAAGUCAAUCUCCUCGAAGCUCUCCGAGGAUCGGGGAAAGGAUCGCUCGAGGCGCAGAGAAAGCAGAAGCCGCUCACGCGAUCGAGAACCUAGCCGAAGGAGACGUCGCGAGAGCAAAAGUUACAGCCGGGCUGCAUGUCUUUCCCGCGUCUUAUGGCGCAUCUUGGGCCGUGCUGCCCCUUGAGUUGUCAGGGCCUCAUUUGUGCUCUGCUUGUGUCCACGGGAGCUGGGGGUUCUUUGGUGCAAACCCGCGCAAGAGGCAGAGGAUGUCCUCGCCAAGCUCCGUCUUGAUUUUCUUGCAUGGCAGCGGAGACACCGGCGAGGGUGUCCAGGGCUGGCUGCAUGCCAUCAGUGGUGGAGCUUUCGAGGCCAGCCUUGCGCGAGAAGGCAUCGCAAUGCAGUUCCCAACGGCCGCGAGAAUACCUUACAGCCUGAUUGGCGGAAUGCCACAGACUGUGUGGUUUGAUCGGGUAGCUAUGGCGUACGAAGCGCCAGAAGAUGUGCCUGGCCUGAAGAGGUGCAUCGGAGCUUGGAGUCUUUGUUCUGCUUCUUUCGCGCACUUCCAGCCAAUCCAGACGACGAAAAGGAGAUGCAACAGCUAG